AUGGCGGCAACGGCAGCGGUAGCGGCGGGCCCGCGGGCUCCUUCGCAGGAGCUUCUGGACGACCUCUGCAGUCGCUUUGUGUUCAACGUGCCAGGGGAGGACCUGGAGUCGUUUGAGCGCAUGCUCUUCUCCAUCGAACAGGCGCAUUGGUUCUAUGAAGACAAGUGUCGUGAGCGGUACACGCCACCUCUGCGCUCAUUCUCCCUCCGCGAUUUCACCAACCUCCUGUUUCAACGUUGCGUAGCAUUGAAGCCCUAUGCAGCAAGGGUGAACGACAUAUACAAUGACUUCACGAGCUACAAGUUCAAAGUGCCCGUCACUGGGGCGAUCAUCCUUGACCAUUCAAUGACCCGGUGCAUACUCGUUAAAGGGUGGCGAACAUCUGCCAGCUGGGGCUUUCCCAAGGGAAAGAAGGGGCUCAAAGAGACGGACGCAGAGGCAGCGGUUAGGGAGGUGUGGGAGGAAACAGGGUUUGAUAUCUCCCCUCUGGUCAACCCGCUAGAGUAUCUGGAGGUGGUGGCAGGGCAGCAGCAGCAGCGCUCGCGCCUAUUUGUGGUGGCGGGAGUUGACUCGCGAUCUGCAAUGUUCCAACCGCAAACAGUCAAGGAGAUCAGCGAGAUCGCAUGGCAUCUGAUAUGUGACCUGGCCACAGCGCAGUGCGACGGAGCACUGCCUGUCUCUCGCACUGUCAGCGGAGCCAAGCUCUUCAUGGUGCAGCCGUUUGUCAGGCCCCUUCUCGAGUGGAUAGACCGCCACCACACGCCGGACUCCCGGCAGCUAGCAGUGCACAUGAUGCCGCAGAACGUUCCAGGAAGCAUCAUCUCUGUCUGGAAGACCAGCAGCGUUCUACCCGCCUCCCCACAAACAUCCCACUCUUUCGCUCCUUCUGCUCCUGCCGUUGCUCCUCCUGCUGCUGCUACUACUGCUACUGCUGGUGCAGCAGCUGCUGCUGCUGCUGCUCCCCUCACUGCCCCUCCUCCCACUGCUGCGCCCCAUCAUCCCACCAUCCAAGCCACCGCCGUCACAGUCCCACACAUUCCCACCGCGUCCCCUUCCUCUCUCCGGCAUCCAGUCUCCUCGCGCCACGUGGCGGCUGCCAGGAAGCAGCUCUUUCCUGCCGAUUCUCCCCUACUGUCCACGUCAGCAUCGUCUGGGCUCCUGCCAGAAUUGACCGACGCCAAUGUGCGGGCCAUGCACGCUGCGUGA